AUGGACUUAGCUGACUUUGAAGAAUACCCUGAUAUUAGCGCUCUGAGUAAAGAAGAGUUGGAUGAAUUCCAAAAGAAAAAUGCAGAGACCAUAGCAGAGCUUGAAAAGGAUAUUAAACUACUGAAAAGGAAAUUUAAACAGUUUGGUCCUGGGGCAUUGCCUUCUCCAGAGUUGAGGCUUCAUGAAACAAUGAAACUGACUGGUGUUACAAUUGAGAACAUUAGGAGGGAGGUUCUUGAACUGGACGACAACCACUGCACUAAAGAGUUCUAUUUGGACCUGCAGGUGUUGGAUAGGAAGGUGAUCCUGAUCUACAAACUGUUAGAAAUAUUUAAUCCUGUGGAAGGUCACUCAGAAGGGAGCAAACUCCUGUGGUUUGAAAUCAAAUUUGGAGAAAACAUAAAUGGUGCCAUUGGCGGGGAAAUUGUCAAAGCUGCAGAUAACUUAGCUAUUCACUCGACAAUAUCUUUGCUGAAGACCUACCUGCAGUGGCAGAAAACCCAGGACCAUGCCAUCGAGAAAUUCACCAAGAGCUACCCCAAUAAUGUUUCUGUCAUUGUCAAUGAGAGGGGGAACAGGUGCCUAGAGAUAAAGAAUCCAAAACCAUUUCGGCCUGUAUUCACCCUGGAGUGGGGAAGAAAGUUUGUCAAUGACCGAGUGGUUCCAGACUUUCACUUGACUGUUCAAGCACAUGAAAAACUCGUAGCUGCAGACACAAAAAAUAUUUUAGCCUCGUCACCCGAAGUCUUCCAGACAAUGUUGGGUUCCCUGGGAGCUGACCAGGCCAUUGAGACCCUGAUCAAGGUAGUGGCUACUGAUGGCGUGGAUGUACAGGGCAGCCAGGAGGUCAAGGACAACUCACCUCCUUUAGCCAGUAGUUCACAGCAGUAG